AUGUCAUGGUUAAAAAAGCACAACCCCCAAAUUUCAUGGGAAAAGCAUACACUUGUUUUUAACUCCCUAUACUGCUCCAACAACUGUCUGACCAUGCCCACUGUCUUGGAACUUAAAGCAGUGAAGGAAAUACCAGUCCCUUACCAAGAAUUUUCUAAAGUCUUUUUGGAAGAAGAGUUGUCCAAACUACUGCCACAUUGUCCAUAUGAAAUUGCCAUUGAAUUGCUCCCAGAUGCAAAACCCCAACAUGGCCCCAUAUAUAGUCUAGGCCCAAGGGAAGAUGCAGAGCUUAGAGAAACUAUUGAGAAGCAGCUUAAGGCAGGAUUGAUUCAACCCUCCAAGUUCCCUAUGGCCUCUCCCAUUCUAUUUGUCAAAAUGAAGAAUGGGAAAUUACAAAUGUGUGUAGAUUAUUGGUGCCUAAAUAGUAUGACCAAGAAAAACAUCUACCCUUUACUGUUACCUCAAAACCUUAUCAAAAAAUUACAAGACGCUAAGAUCUUUAAUAAAUUUGAUCUCAAGGCCAGGUAUAACUUAGUAAGGAUUAAAGAAGGCAAUGGGUGGAAAACCACUUUCAAGACAAAAUAUGGGUUAUUUGAGUACUUGGUCAUGCCUUUUGGUUUGACAAAUGCACCAGCUGCUUUUCAGGAUAUGAUGAAUGAGAUAUUCCAGGAUCUCCUGGAUGUUUAG